ACGAUACAAUGAUUCCUCGCAAGAGAGUUGCCCACAAAAGAGGAAGCUCCGUUUUACUCUGAUCUACAUAAGAACACACUGACACACAUAUACACGCUCUCUUCCCUCAUCCUCCGCCGAGUAACGUUUAACUUCAAUUCGCUUUUCAAUGGCACAGAGUGCAUGUACUCCGAUGGCCUCUUUGGCUGGGCAGCGUGAUUUUCCAUCGGAUAAUGGAUACAAGGUCUGGGAGGACCAGUCUUUUAUCAAGUGGAGGAAGAGAGACCCUCAUGUUACUUUGCAUUGUCAUGAUUCCGUUGAAGGAUCUCUUAAAUUCUGGUACGAGCGCAACAAAGUGGAUUUUGUGGUAGCCAAUUCUGCUGUUUGGAAUGAUGAUGCUGUUCGUGGAUCUCUUGAUAGUGCUGCUUUUUGGGUCAAGGGCUUGCCGUUUGUUAAGUCUUUAUCUGGAUACUGGAAUUUUUUCUUGGCUGCCAAUCCUAAUAGUGUCCCUGUGAAUUUUUAUGACACUGAGUUUCAGGAUUCUGAGUGGCAAACUUUGCCAGUUCCUUCAAAUUGGCAGAUGCAUGGAUUUGAUCGGCCUAUUUAUACAAAUGUCAUAUAUCCAUUUCCUCUGGAUCCUCCUUCUAUUCUUGUGGACAAUCCCACGGGUUGCUAUAGAACGUACUUUAAUAUUCCUAAAGAAUGGAAGGGUCGUAGGAUUUUGUUGCAUUUUGAAGCUGUUGAUUCUGCCUUUUACGCAUGGGUAAAUGGGGUUCCUAUAGGAUAUAGUCAGGAUAGUAGACUACCUGCAGAAUUUGAAAUCACUGAAUAUUGUCAUCCCUUCGAGUCGGACUCUAAGAAUGUUCUAGCUGUUCAAGUAUUUAGAUGGAGCGACGGCUCUUACCUUGAAGAUCAGGAUCAUUGGUGGUUAUCUGGGAUUCAUCGUGAUGUACUUCUUCUAGCCAAGCCACAGGUAUUCAUUGCUGACUAUUUUUUCAAAUCAGAGCUGGCAGAAAAUUUUUCUUGUGCAGAUGUACAGGUUGAAGUGAAAAUAGACAACUCCCAAGAAACAUCAAAAGACGGUGUCCUUACGAACUACACCAUAGAAGCUGCAUUAUAUGAAACUGGGAGCUGGUACAACUUUAAUGGAUAUUCCGAUCUCCUUUCAUCUAAUGUGGCUAAUAUAAAGCCCACUCCCUCCACUGCAAGUCUAGGAUUCCAUGGUUAUGUGCUUGCUGGGAGAAUUGAAAUGCCAAGGCUUUGGUCUGCGGAGCAACCUAAUCUGUAUGCACUGGUUGUCAUCCUGAAAGAUGCAUCUGGACAUGUACUUGACUGCGAAUCAUGCCUAGUAGGCAUAAGACAAGUAUCUAAAGCUCCUAAACAGCUACUCGUUAAUGGGCAUCCUGUUAUAAUUAGAGGUGUGAACAGGCAUGAACAUCACCCACGUCUGGGGAAGACGAACAUAGAGUCUUGCAUGGUUAAGGAUUUGCUUGUAAUGAAGCAAAACAACAUCAAUGCAGUGAGAAACAGCCAUUACCCUCAACAUCCCCGUUGGUACGAGUUGUGUAAUUUGUUUGGCAUGUACAUGAUAGAUGAAGCAAAUAUUGAGACACAUGGUUUUGAUCUAUCUCAACGUGUGAAGCAUCCUACUUCUGAACCAAGUUGGGCUGCUGCCAUGAUGGAUCGUGUAAUAGGCAUGGUAGAGAGAGACAAAAAUCAUGCAUGCAUUAUUUCUUGGUCCUUAGGAAAUGAAUCUGGAUAUGGCCCUAAUCAUUCGGCAUUAGCUGGUUGGGUGCGAGGGAGGGAUCUCUCACGGGUAGUGCACUAUGAAGGAGGUGGAUCUAGAACCUCAUCUACUGAUAUUAUAUGCCCCAUGUAUAUGCGUGUUUGGGACAUAGUGAAGAUUGCAAAAGAUCCAAGUGAAACACGCCCUUUGAUACUUUGCGAGUAUUCACACUCCAUGGGAAACAGCAAUGGAAAUAUACAUGAAUAUUGGGAAGCAAUUGAUAGCACAUUUGGUCUCCAAGGAGGCUUUAUCUGGGAGUGGGUUGAUCAGGCACUAUUGAAGGAUGGUGCAGAUGGUAGAAAGCAUUGGGCAUAUGGAGGUGACUUUGGAGAUGUUCCUAAUGAUCUCAACUUCUGUUUGAAUGGCCUUACAUGGCCAGAUCGAACUCCUCAUCCUGCACUGCUUGAGGUCAAGUAUGUCUAUCAACCGAUCAAGGUUUCUUUAAAGGAAGGAAAACUUCAGAUAACAAACACUCAAUUUUAUGAAACAACUAAAGGAUUGGAAUUUAGCUGGAUUGCUAAUGGGGAUGGUCGUGAACUUGGAACUGGAAUUCUAUCUCUUCCCUUGAUAGGACCACAGAGCAGUUUUGAUAUUGAAUGGCAAUCAGGUCCAUGGUAUUCUUUGUGGGCUUCAUCUUUUGCAGAAGAAUUUUUUCUGACAAUAUAUGCUAAGCUUUUGCACCCCACUCGCUGGGUCGAGGCUGGUCAUGUUAUUUCAUCUACACAAGUACAGUUGCCUGGCAAAAGAGAGAUUGUUCCUCAUGUCAUCAAAACUACAGAUGCUACCUUCCUUGUUGAAGUUCUUGGAGAUACAGUAAGAGUGAGGCAACAGAACUUUUGGGAGAUAGAAUUGAAUACUCAGACAGGAACAAUUGAAAGCUGGAAGGUUGAAGGAGUUACUGUGAUGAAGAAAGGCAUAUUUCCAUGCUUCUGGCGAGCACCUACUGAUAAUGACAAAGGGGGAGGUGCAGAUAGUUAUUUAUCCAAGUGGAAAGCUGCCCAUAUGGAUAGCCUCCUCUAUAUUAAAGAAAAUUGUUCUGUACAGAAUACGACAGACAAGCUUGUGAAAAUAGUAGUGGGAUUUAUUGCUGUCCCAACGGAUGAAAAGCAUUCUAUACCCGAGUCGGGGAAGGCAAAUGCUUUAUUCAAAAUUGAUAUGAUUUACACAAUUUAUGGUUCUGGGGACGUCAUUGUGGAAUGCAAGGUAAAACCAAAUUCUUCAAAUCUUCCACCUUUGCCACGUGUGGGACUUGAGUUCCAUUUGGAGGAGUCAAUGAACAAUAUAAAGUGGUAUGGAAAAGGGCCAUUUGAAUGUUAUCCAGAUAGAAAAGCAGCUGCACAUGUUGGGUUCUAUGAGCAGAAAGUGGGUGACAUGCAUGUUCCUUAUAUUGUUCCUGGGGAAUGUUCUGGCAGGGCAGAUGUUAGAUGGGUGACAUUUCAAAGCAAAGAUGGAUGUGGGAUUUAUGCUUCAAUCUAUGGAAGCUCUCCUCCCAUGCAAAUGAGUGCAAGUUACUACACCACAGCAGAGCUUGAGCGGGCAACUCACAAUGAAGAGCUUAUUGAAGGAGACAACAUUGAGGUUCACCUCGACCACAAGCACAUGGGAGUGGGCGGAGACGAUAGCUGGUCCCCUUGUGUCCAUGACAAGUAUCUGAUUCCUGCUUUACCUUACUCAUUCUCCAUCAGGUUGUGUCCAAUAACCAGAGCCACCUCUGGUCACGACAUUUACAAGUCUCAGCUUCAAAGCUAAGUCAACAUAUUUGGUUUCAUGACUCUGAUCGAAGGUUGAGGAUGUAUGUUAUUCCAUGUCUACUCCAAUCCUGAACAAUAAUCUAAUCAGGACUUCCUCGUUCUGGCUGUGGAUAUAUAUAGCUUAUGCUCUAUGUAACUUGUGUUUCUCCACUACCAUAGGAUUUGAUCCUUCAUGUGUUUGCUUGCCUUCGGGCAUCGAUACUCUUGUGCAAACUACAUGCCAGCUUGUUGUUUAAUAAAAUGUUGGAUUUAUUAAAUAAAAAGCUCAGGCCACGAAGUUAAAACA